AUGUCCCGCGAACAGGAAAAUGUCACACCCCCAGACUCACAGAACGCAUCGAAGGCGAUCAACGACAAGCCUCUUUAUCGAUACGCUAUUCUCCUAGCAAUCAAGGCACUCAGAUCUAGCCGACCUCACCCUGGGAGCGUUCUCAUGUUGACAGACCGACUGUGCGUCAAGUACGGCACUUUGGUGGAUUUAACCGAGGCUUCGACGAUGCGUUUUAUAGCGCAAAACACGUCGAUUCCAGUUCCAAAAGUUUUAUGUGCGUUUAAACAUCAUGACUCGACAUACAUCGUGAUGGAGAGGAUAAAAGGAGACAUGAUUGGUGCUGGUUGGGUGCGGCGGAGUGACGAGUCAAAGGCUAAACUUCUUUCACAACUUAAAAAAAUGAUCGAGGAGAUGCGAGCUCUCCAGCCUCCGGAAGGGGUCGGCAUCGCCUCUGUUGAUGGCGGCUCACUUUACGACUGCCGUUUACCUGGCCCCUUGCGUUUCGGCCCCUUUCGUACCCUUGAAGAUUUCCAUCGACAUUUACGUACGGGCAUGGACUAUAAUCCUCGUCUUGAUCUUGAUAUUCAGGACCUAAUUAAACGACAUGACAGAUAUUGGCCUUUGGUUUUCACACACGGUGAUCUGAGCAGUCUCAAUAUCCUGGCCGAUGGAGAUGAUGUUGUGGGUAUUGUUGAUUGGGAAACUGCUGGGUGGUAUCCGUCUUACUGGGAAUACACCACUGCUUGCCAAGUCAAUCCACAGAACUCUUUCUGGGUCAAUGAGAUUGAUAAGUUUCUUCGCCCAAUGCCGGAAGAGCUAGCAAUGGAACAAAUUCGUCAAGGGCGCUUUGGAAGUUUUUGA